UCCUCAGCGUCGGAAGGCGAUGGAGCGCUCCGAGCCGUUGACUGUGCGUCCCCGGGAAGAGGCGUCGUGCUCCUCCUGGGGAGCCUGCAGUGCAAGUAAAAAUUUACCUACCAUGUCAUCAGAAUCUGUGGAAAUCGAUGAUGGAUUAUACAGUCGACAGAGAUACGUUCUUGGUGACACAGCAAUGCAGAAGAUGGCCAAGUCUCAUGUCUUCUUAAGUGGUAUGGGUGGGCUUGGAGUGGAAAUUGCAAAGAAUCUUGUUCUUGCAGGGAUUAAGGCGCUGACCAUUCAUGACACAAAAAAAUGCCAAGCAUGGGAUCUAGGGACCAAUUUCUUUUUAUGUGAAGAAGAUGUUAUUAAUGAGAAAAACAGGGCUGAAGCUGUACUUCAUCGUAUUGCAGAACUAAAUCCAUAUGUUCAUGUGUCAUCAUCUUCUUCCCCUUUCAAUGAAACCACAGACCUCUCCUUCUUAGAAAAAUACCAGUGUAUAGUAGUGACAGAAAUGAAAUUGACAUUACAAAAGAAGAUCAAUGACUUUUGCCAUUCUCAUUGCCCUCCAAUUAAGUUUAUAAGUGCAGAUGUACAUGGAAUUUGGUCCAGGUUGUUUUGUGAUUUUGGUGAUGAAUUUGAAGUUUCAGAUACAACAGGAGAAGAACCAAAAGAAAUUUUCAUUUCAAACAUAACGCAAGCUAAUCCUGGCAUUGUCACUUGCCUUGAAAAUCAUCCUCACAAGCUUGAGACAGGACAAUACCUAACAUUUCGAGAAAUUAAUGGAAUGACAGGCCUGAAUGGAUCUGUACAACAGAUAACUGUGGUGUCACCAUUUUCUUUCAGCAUUGGUGAUACUACAGGACUGGAUCCAUAUUUACAUGGAGGCAUAGCUGUACAAAUUAAGACUCCUAAAACUUUUUGCUUUGAACCCCUGGAAAGGCAGAUAAAACGUCCAAAGUACCUUAUUGCAGAUUUUAGCAAACCUGAGGCACCUUUACAGAUUCAUGCAGCUAUGCUUUCCUUGGAUCAGUUUCAGGAAAACCACAAUCGUAAGCCAAAUAUCAGAUGUCAGCAAGAUUCAGAUGAGUUGUUGAAACUAACAAUAUCUAUAAGUGAAACCUUGGAAGAGAAGCCUGAAGUGAAUGCUGACAUUGUGCACCUGCUCUCGUGGACUGCUCAAGGCUUUUUAACCCCCCUUGCUGCAGCAGUGGGAGGUGUUGCCAGCCAAGAAGUAUUAAAAGCUGUUACAGGGAAGUUUUCCCCUUUGUGCCAAUGGUUGUUUCUUGAAGCAGCAGAUACUGUCAGAUCCCUAGGCAAUCCUGGGCAUGAAGAGUUUCUCCCAAGAGGAGAUAGAUAUGAUGCCUUACGAGCCUGCAUUGGAAAUACAUUGUGUCAGAAGCUACACAAUCUGAAUAUCUUCUUAGUAGGAUGUGGUGCCAUAGGCUGUGAAAUGUUAAAAAAUUUGGCAUUACUAGGUGUUGGUACAAACAGAGAGAAAGGAAUGGUUACAGUUACAGAUCCUGACUUGAUAGAAAAAUCCAACCUAAACAGACAGUUUCUGUUUCGUCCUCAUCACAUACAGAAACCUAAAAGCUAUACUGCUGCUGAAGCAACUCUGAAAAUAAAUCCUCAAUUAAAAAUAGAUGCACACCUGAACAAAGUUUGUCCAGCCACUGAGAGUAUAUACAGUGAUGAAUUUUAUACUAAGCAAGAUAUCAUUAUUACAGCACUAGAUAAUGUGGAAGCCAGGAGAUAUGUAGACAGUCGUUGCUUAUCAAAUCUACGGCCUCUCUUAGAUUCUGGAACAAUGGGCACAAAAGGGCACACUGAAAUUAUUGUGCCUCAAUUGACUGAAUCUUAUAAUAGUCACCGGGACCCCCCAGAAGAGGAAAUACCAUUUUGCACUCUAAAGUCCUUUCCAGCAGCUAUCGAACAUACUAUCCAGUGGGCAAGAGACAAGUUUGAAAGUUCCUUCUCUCACAAGCCUUCAUUGUUUAACAAAUUUUGGCAAGCCCAUCCUUCUGCCGAAGAUGUCUUACAGAAGAUACAAAAUGGACAGAGUCUAGAAGGCUGUUUUCAAGUUAUUAAGCUACUUAGCAGAAGACCUAGAAAUUGGUUCCAGUGUAUAGAAUUAGCAAGACUAAAGUUUGAAAAAUAUUUCAACCAUAAGGCUCUUCAACUUCUUCACUGUUUUCCUCUUGACACACGAUUAAAAGAUGGCAGUUUGUUUUGGCAGUCACCAAAAAGGCCACCUUCUCCAAUAAAAUUUGAUUUAAAUGAACCUUUGCACCUCAGUUUUCUUCAGAGUGCUGCAAAACUAUAUGCUACAAUAUAUUGCAUUCCAUUUUCAGAAAAGGACUUAUCAGUGGAUACCCUCAUGGAUAUUCUUUCAGAAGUUAAAAUUGAGGAAUUCAAGCCUUCCAACAAGGUUGUUCAAACAGAUGAAACUGCAAGGAAACCAAACCAUGUUCCUAUCUCCAGUGAAGACGAGAGGAAUGCUGUUUUCCAACUGGAGAAGGCUAUUUCAUCUAACAAAGCUACCAAAAGUAACCUUCAGAUGGCAGUGCUUACAUUUGAAAAAGAUGAUGACAGUAAUGGACAUAUAGAUUUCAUCACAGCUGCUUCCAACCUUCGAGCCAAAAUGUAUAGCAUUGAACCAGCUGACCGUUUUAAAACUAAACGCAUAGCUGGUAAAAUUAUACCUGCUAUAGCAACAUCGACCGCUGCAGUUUCUGGCUUGGUUGCCUUGGAGAUGAUCAAGGUAGCUGGUGGCUAUCCCUUUGAAGCAUACAAAAACUGUUUCCUUAAUUUAGCCAUUCCAAUAAUAGUGUUUACAGAGACUUCUGAAGUACGAAGAAGUGAAAUCAGAAAUGGAAUAUCAUUUACAAUUUGGGACAGAUGGACUGUACAUGGAAAAGAAGAUUUCACCCUGUCAGAUUUCAUAAAUGCUGUCAAAGAGAAGUAUGGAAUUGAGCCAGCAAUGGUGGUGCAGGGAGUCAAGAUGCUUUAUGUUCCUGUAAUGCCGGGUCAUGCAAAAAGGUUAAAGUUGACAAUGCACAAACUUGUGAAACCUUCUACUGAGAAGAAAUAUGUGGAUCUCACUGUGUCAUUUGCCCCAGACACUGAUGGAGAUGAAGAUUUGCCAGGACCUCCAGUAAGAUACUACUUCAGUCACACUGAUGAAGAAACGUUGUCAUAGAGAUACUCGGGACUGCUUUAUUUUGGAAAGUGUACUUAAUUCAGAAACUAAAAUUAAAUCAGCUCAUAAUACUGUGGAUUUCUUUUUGCCUUAACUUAAGGAAAACAACAGUAGGAAGCUUAACUACACUGAAGAAUUACAAAACAUUUUGGAGCAUAGUUCACAUCUCUUCGUUGCUUCAUACAGUUAUUAUCAUAGCAACUUUGAACUGGAAUACCAUGUCUUAAUGCUUACAAGUUUGUAUAUUAAGCCCUGUGGAUGAAAGAAGGAACAAAGAAAGCAUUUAUCUAUGACCAGAAGAAAUAAAGAUGAAGAAAUUGAAAAUAGUGAAUCCUGGCUAUUCAAAAAGCUAAAUCCUGUUUUCAGGCUUUCUUUUUUUUUUUUUUUUUUUUUCAUUAUUUGAGACCCAUUUUUCAAUAUAAAUAGUGUGAAACUAUACCUCUUUCAUGAUUAGGCUUUGAAACUUUCCUAACUGAGAGGAGAAGGGAUCCUAACUGAGAGGAGGAGGGAUUGAUGAAGAAUAGAGAUUUAAAUUUGUGUAGUUAAGUUAGUGUCUUCUUACUUGUGCUAACAGAGUUUGUUAUAUUACUUCCUCCCCUAAAUCAGGAUUUUUGCUGAUAAGAUCAGUGUUGUAAACCAUGAGGACGUGUUAACUUGAACUCAAUGUUAACAGUAUUAUAUGCACUCUGACAACUCUCAGAAAAUCCAUGAAUGUGAGCAUAUAGAUAUGACUAAUCAUUUGAUUCUUAAUACGCCUUUAUUUUAUUUAUCUGGAGCUCAAAAUUAGACAUAGUAUAAAAGGCUGAAAUGUUAUAUAAAAGACAAUAUCCUUAGAAAUAGGUGAAAAUUAGAAAUUUAAUACAAGUACGGUUGUCUUUUUCUUUCCAAUGUAAUAGAGAAAAAAAAAUAGUAUGUUUUUUAAAGAAAACAUGUCAUUUUACUCUUCAUUCCCAAAAUGGGAAUUGGCAGAGAGAAAGAAUAUAUUUUUUUAGGUUUUUUUUUUUUUUUUCUUUGAGAAAAAUGUUCUGUUUCCUGAUAUGAACAAUUGCAAGUAAUCAUAUAAUUGGGUCCAUCAACAGAGAUAAACAAUACGUUACUGUCAGUAAAUGACUUUUUUUUUUUUUUUUACAAGCAUAUUUCAUGUGUUCUCAACAGCAAGUUCUUACAACCUCUCAAAGUCACUUACUUGGAGCUCCUACUCAUUUUCAGACCAUUUGUAGCUACUUUGAUGAAUUAAAAUUUAGAUUAAAUCAGUAUUACUCCAACAGUAUAGUUACUUUCCAUUUACAAAUACUUUUAAAUGUCUAUGUUAACCAGUUUUUUGUUUCCUCCUUUUAUAAAGUCUCCAAUUGGGAAAUGGGUGAGUUAUUGUAAUAAAAUGUUCUUUUCAUUGAGAGAUGGAGAAAAGUGAGCAGGAUUUGUUGGUAAAGAAAUGGCUACAUAGAAAAAUAAACUUUUUUUUGUCAUAUCCUACCCUUUUCUAUUACGUAUAUUCCUAGUAUAAUGGUAAAAAUUAAUGUUACAUAAAAUUGAAUCCAGGAACAUCAAAGACUUUGUGGCUUAGAACUUAAUGAGGGAAGGAAUAAUAGAAUGUUUUCUGUUUUUGUUUGUUUAUUUGUUUGUUUGUUUUGAUAAAAAGCCUCUUUCAAUUUUUACUUUGUCUCCUAUUCUUUGGUAAUAAUGUUAUUCUCUUGGCAACCAUUCAGCAAUCCUCAAACAUGAACAGAUACUUUGGCACUGUUUACUCAAGUGUUCACAUACCUUUAGAGGUAAAUGAGAACCAUGCUUUGUAGAAUGCCAGAGUAAACAAAUAAAUUAAUAAAUCAAAUCAACCAGGAUAAGGUAAGGUUCAUUUUGCAAUUAAACCUACAACCAUUUUUUCAUUUGUUUUUUUGGUUUUUGUUUCGCUCUUCCGUAGGUAAUGAUUAUUACUGUCCUAAUUUUUACUAAACUGGAAAGCCAUAGUGAACUUGAUGACAACUGAUUUUCUUGUUUUGUUUAUUUUGUACUUUAAGAUUAUUAAUGAAAUGUAACUAUUGAAUACUGGGGAAAAAAACAGUGUUACUCCA